AUGAAGCCGGGUCAGGCUUAUGCUUGCGCGGUGGACGUGGGAUGCGUAAUGGGGUUCGACUCCCCGCCCUAUUUAUUAAGACAUAGGCAUGCGUGUUCACGGAGCUUUCAGAAGAGGCGUCGUGCAUCCCACCGUGUUGAGUUGAAGCGUUGUUGCGACUACAAAGCGUUUGCAACGCAUUGUGAUACGAAUUGUCCGGAAGGACCGAAACCACAUUUGUUCGUGCAGCAGGAAGAGCAGAGAAACCUUCAGAACACCUCCUCGAACAUGAAACGCAAGUCCGCCCACUGUGGGUCAUCGGAAUGUUGA